AUGAGGUGCAAACCUUCUCCAACAUCGCGCUAUCCCGUAGUCUAUGGGCCGCCCGGCCAGUCCGAGUCUAUCCAGUCUAAAUCGCUGUUGAAGACACGCCAUCGCCAGUGGAUACACAGUCUGAAUGGCAACCUGAAUCCAAGACGUGGUACCGUUAUAGCUAGUACAAGCCUCUCCAUGCCAAGCCCAAACACAAGCGCGCAUAGUCAAGACAACGGAACCGGCAAGCAAACCUAA